GCGCGCAUGGCGGACUCCACACGCACCAGGCAGUCCGGGGUGCUCUCUUGCCCGUCCUCUUCUGGCCGCAGCGAUGGCUCUUCCCCAGAUGGGAGUGAGGAGAAGCCCAAAAAAAGAGCUUUCUAUCUAGUGAGAAUGAAGCCACUGAAGGAGCCCGUGGUGAACAACAACAACAACGUGUCUUUCGUGAUCCAUUGUCACAUAGGCAAGGAGAUCAAACACAUAUGCAGCAACUGCAGUUGCGGGAAGGAAGCCCGUGACGCAGAGGAAGUGGAGAGACUGGCUGCAAUGCGUUCAGACUCUUUGGUUCCAGGGACACACACCCCUCCCAUUAGGAGGAGAAGUAAGUUUGCUACUCUAGGAAGACUUUUCAAACCAUGGAAAUGGAGGAAGAAGAAGAGUGAAAAGUUCAAGCACACAUCAGCAGCACUUGAAAGAAAAAUAUCUAUGAGGCAAAGCAGAGAGGAACUUAUCAAGAGAGGAGUACUGAAGGAAAUAUUUGAUAAAGAUGGGGAGCUUCCCAUACAGAAUGAAGAGGGAUCACUGGAGAAUGGACAGGCUUUGAGUUCCAGCCAAGUAUCACUGCCAGCCCUAUCUGAACUGGAGCCAUGUUCAGUAUCUGGGGAUUCCUGUACUUACGAAGUACUCCCAAAUCCAGAGAUCAUGGAUGGAACAGUGUCUGAAGAGAGUCCCACGUCCAGUGAAUCUGGAAUCCACCUCCCUCAAGAACCUACAUCUAAACCAGUCUCGCUACUCCCCCCUAAAAAAUCUGCUGCUUUCUCUGGAGACCAUGAGGACACCCCAGUGAAGCAGCUCUCCCUCCUCAAACAGCCCCCUGCCCUGCCUCCUAAGCCCAUUGCCAAGAUUGCCAACCAUUUAGCUGAUCCUGGUGCUCCAAUGAAGCUGCCUUGUAUGCCAGUCAAACUAUCGCCUCCGCUACCUCCAAAGAAAGUCAUGAUUUGCAUGCCUUUAGUGGGACCCGACCUCUCCCUCACAUCCUAUUCCACACAGAAGAACUCCCAGCAACCAUUGACUUCGCAUCAUCACACGGUCCUACCAUCACAGUUAGCAGCACACCAGCAUCAGUACGGCAGCCACAGCCCACACUUGCCUUCUGGAUCCAGCACGUUACCCAUGCACCCUUCAGGAUGUCGCAUGAUCGAGGAAUUGAACAAAACACUGACCAUGACCAUGCAGCGGCUAGAAAGCUCCAGUUUACAUGGGGGUGACAGCAUCACAAAGACUGGACCUGGAGGCCUUUCAGAUAUGAGACAAGUGCCAACUGUUGUGAUCGAAUGUGAUGACAAUAAAGAAAAUGUGCCUCAUGAAUCUGACUUUGGUGAUUCUUCAUGCCUCUAUACAAGGGAAGAAGAGGAUGAGGAAGAGGAUGAUGAUGACAGCUCAUUAUUUUCAAGUUCCCUGGCAAUGAAAGUUUGCAGGAAAGAUUCUUUAGCUAUCAAGUUGAGCAACAGGCCAUCGAAGCGUGAGCUGGAGGAAAAGAACAUCCUCCCCAUGCAGACCGAUGAGGAGCGGCUGGAGCUCAGGCAGCAGAUUGGCACCAAGCUGACAAGACGGCUGAGCCAGAGACCAACUGCUGAAGAAUUAGAACAAAGGAAUAUUCUCAAACCACGGAAUGAGCAAGAGGAACAGGAAGAAAAACGAGAGAUCAAGAGAAGGUUAACCCGCAAGCUAAGCCAAAGGCCUACAGUUGAAGAGCUGAGAGAGAGGAAAAUUCUCAUCCGUUUUAGUGAUUACGUAGAAGUGGCAGAUGCUCAGGAUUAUGACAGACGGGCAGAUAAACCAUGGACAAGGCUAACGGCUGCUGACAAGGCAGCAAUUCGCAAAGAGCUAAAUGAAUUUAAAAGCACUGAAAUGGAAGUUCAUGAAUUAAGCAGGCAUUUAACAAGGUUUCACAGACCAUAGGAACUGAAUGUGCUGCCAUCCUGGGAAUGUAACAGAAAAGAACCAUAAGUGCUGGUAUCAUUCAUUUCUCUGUUACAUACAGUGGUAAAUCUUCUGAACUGUCUUUUUAAAAUCUAUAAAAACAUGCAGAAAACCUGAGUUUUCUCAUCCUGGAAAGAACUUCACCAUACAAUCCGUUGGCACAACAUUCGGCAACUGAGACUAUUCUGGCAAGAAUCAUGCCUGGAGUUGGCACUUACAUUUAAAAUAUAUUUUAAAUGCUGCUGUGUGGAUUCCCCCAGCCAUUCACACAAAUUGUCUUUCUUCAGAUCCCUUCAGUCCACUUUCGUCGCGGAAGAAAGCUGAAGCCCUUGGUAUUUGGCACUGGCAGAAGCUCUGCUGGACACAAGCUCAUUGUUCUGGAUCAACAUUUCUACCAAACAUUUUGUUCUGUAUGGAGCACCUUAGAAAGAUGACAGGGGUGAGCUGGGGAACAAGAACCCACUCCAAGAAUCCAUGUCUCCUUGACUUUCCAAGCCCCACCCCAGGAGGAUCUUUGGCUGACUGCCUGGAUGUCAUCCUUUUGUUUUCUACAGGACCAAAAAGGAUUCCUCACCAUCCAUUUCUUCCCUUUGAAUGAUUCUUUUGCUGCGACAUUUGGAAGAGUUCAAGAUACAGGAAUGUUUCAUAACAAGCUUAUUUUUUACAGUGGAACACGUCAUGCUGUCUUCUGCCCUGCUGACUGCUUCGUGUUUCAUACGGUCCUGUGAAACAGUUCUGCCAAAUGGCCUGUCAGCUUUUCAGGGGUUCUUCCAUUUCUCUAACUUGCAAGACAGGAAAGACAUGAGCUAAAGAGAACCAUAAGGUUGACUUUAUGCUGCAUGCCUGGUUGCUGAUUUUUUUUUCUUUUAACAGCAGGGAUUUCUAUUCCAUAGAAUGCUACUUGGUAUAAAUAACAAAGUAUGCUGUUGUGAAUGGCUCAGUCUUAAAUUGAGAACCAAAGCAUUUGGCAAAAGGUUAGAAGUGUGAUAUUAUUAUUAUUAUUAUUAUUAUUUUAUUUUAUUUUAUUUUUAAGGUAUUGGUCUUCUUUUAGAAAAUAAGAUGAUCUUUGCACAUUGGAAAGAAUUAUGAACCCACUGUAUCGAAACACUUUGGUGAUGUCUACUAGCAUCCAUAUCUAGUUCAAAUUAAACAUAUCUGAUUAUGCCUUUUAGCCAGAAACUUCAUCCUCUUUCAGAAAAUGAGCCUUUUGCCCAUCCCAAAUAAAUCACUAUAGAUAUGGCAGCUUUAAUUCUCAGACCUUCACUGAUGUAAGAGUAUAAUCUGGGAGCCAAAAGUGGUUGUACUUAGAGGAGACCUCCUGUAAUGAAUGGGGCUUAAAUUGGCAGUGAUUAAGUUCUACUGAUUUCAGUGGGUCUACUCUAAAGUGAUGGCUACUUAAGUUCAGUAGAUUUCAGUGGGCUUCAUCUAUUUAUGAUUAAAUCUGGACCCAAUCCAUAAGGGUGAUUGGAUCAAUUGAUUUUCUUUUGGAAAACAUGUAUAUGGAAGCACAUCUUAAUGGGUGACUGCAAUGAUUCAGGUUUCUCUCCAGAAUAAAACCUGAGUCACUGCAGUGCCCAUUACAAUCCUCAGAAUUCCAUUGAAGAAGUUAUUAAACAAGAUUAAGAAAAUCCUCUUUUUCUUACACAGACUGGUUUUGUCUAGUGAUGUUAUUCUGAGUACAAGAAAAAGAAAUGAGAUAGAACACUUUGUUUUUAGAUAAAAGGACGUGUAUUGUUUAAAAAAAUCUGCAAAAAAAAAUAAAGAGAUUACGAGACCACUAGUGGUCAGCAGAUCAAGUAGGUGGGCACUUAGCUGGGUGAAUUGCCAGGACUGUGGAGAUGGGAGGGUAGUGAAAAUUUUAAUUCAUUUGCUCAGUUUGCACAUAGCAAAUUUAAGGUAGACAAGCUGCCUGUUUUUCAUAUCCUGAAAGCUGUCGUUUUAACAUAGCCAGUUCUUUAUCUGUCCUAGUUUCAUAGCAUUAUGAAAGGGUGGAGAACCUCUUGCCCACCAUACCAGCCUUUCAGCCCACCAGCCCGAGUGAAGCUCCUUCCCAUUGUUCAAAGUCUUAUUCUUCCCUUCCCCCUCACCACCACUGGGUUGCCUUUUCCUCUUCCUCUGUCUUUGAGAAGAAAUAAUAGGUUGCGGAACUGAUCCUGUCUGCACAUCUAAAUGGGGAUUCCAGAUAACUUUAAUGUCACUGUGUUCCUUAUCCAGGUAGAUCCUUGUUCCUGCCACUUUAUUUUCCGUAACAGCGAAAGCGUUUUUGUCCAUGCUGGAAGACGCAGGGAAUAGUAACUCCUUGAUUCAUUCCAUGAAGGGAUAUGGAUGAUGUCAAGAGAUAGGGCAUAACUCAUGCAUACAGUGGAACCAUAUGGUUUAUCUUACACAAAUGGAAGAAGAAGGUGCUUUUGCUUUCUGCAAACAAAUCUUUUCAGGUUUCUGUGUGCAAAAUAUUUUGUACCAAUCCAUACUACAUGUACAAGUAAAUUGUUGAACUGUGCAAAACUCUCUAUCCAUUUUGAAAAAGUAGAAUUUAUCAGCUGGAUAAACCAACUCAAUGUUUAAAUAAUUGAUUAUUCCCUGAAGCUCUUUGGUGAAAAAUAGCUUACUUUUUGAAGGUUGCAUGGUGUUUGGUCUUUCUAGAGCACAGUCAGCUAAGUUCUUUGCUGUUCCUCCUACACAGUGUCAGCUGAAACAUUGAGUGUACUCCACUAAUAUACCAAAUUCAACUUUUUUCACCACGAAAAUCUAUGGGGAUGAGCAAAAACAUGGUAUUUUUGUUGCCCUACUCCCAUUCAUUUCACCAGGGCUUGAGUAGGAUAUAUUUCAUUUAAAUGGAGAAAUGCAGUUUAUAUUUAUCUUUGCUUUCUAAGCCUCUGUUUUUCACAUAAAGGUUUCACCAAACACCUGCAAUUUUCCACUCCUGGAGGAACAAUUUUUUUCCCCUCAGUGACUAUGGAAGAGUAAUGAUUGCAAAUCUUGCAAAAGGCUCACAGGGUUGCAAGUUAGUCCCGUCUCCAACUUGAAUAGACAGCUUAACUUAAGGACUGCAGGACUAGAAACGGGAAUUCCAGUUGCUCUCCAAGUUAUUCUGAACCUAGUACGUUUCCUGGGCCCUCUUCCUAUCAAGUGUAUGUACAUAGUUUUGUCUUUGUAUAGGAGUGAAUGUGGUGACAGUCAAGACUGUGAUCUUCCAGUAUUGUAAUUUAACAGAUUAUGGCUGUAUGAAAAAAAUGAUAAAAUGUAAAUAUCGAGAGAAAACACUAAAGUGAAUCUCUACAUCUUAGAGUUUCAUUUUGUACAUACUGAAACUGCAUGGUAUUUAAAUUGUCUUGGAUGUAUGCAGUUUCUUUAAAAAAAGUU